AUGACAACAGCGGUUAACAAAAAAGACGCUGUCUCUAGCCAGGCAGACGCUCAACUUGCUGCCAUGGGCUAUAAAGCUGAAUUGCCGCGUUCGUUGUCCUUCUUUUCUGUACUUGGUCUUUCCUUUGCAAUUAUUGCUGUUCCUUUCGGUGAAUCAGUGACUCUUUCCAUUGGUCUUACAAAUGGCGGCCCAGUAACCAUCCUGUACGGCUGGAUAUUCGUUACUAUUAUUUCUAUAUUUAUUGCUGCAAGUCUAGCAGAAAUUUGUUCAGCGUAUCCAACCUCUGGAGGUGUCUAUUACUGGUCCGCAAUAUUAGCAAACAAGCAAUGGGCAUCUAUUACUUCUUGGACAACUGGAUGGCUAGGCAUCGUUGGAAAUUGGACAGUGUCCACGUCUAUCUGCUUUUCCGGUGGACAAUUAAUAUCAUCUGCUAUUGGACUUUGGAAUGAAACCUAUGUUCCAGCCGCUUGGCAUGUCGUACUGAUGUACUGGGCCGUCCUAUUUGUAGUGUUGUUAACAAACAUAUUCGCCUCCAAACAUUUGCAUUUCAUUAAUACCGUCUGUGUUUAUUGGACGGCUGCAUCCGUUUUGAUUAUACUCGUCUCCGUGUUGACUAUGGCAAAGGGAGGCCGACGUAGUGCGGCAUAUGUUUUUACUGAGUUUGAUGCGACGAGAGCGGGUUGGUUCCCAGGAUGGGCGUUUUUUGUCGGAUUACUUCAAUCUGCUUACACCCUCACUGGUUAUGGCAUGGUGGCGGCCAUGUGCGAAGAAGUUGAAAAUCCAGAGCGAGAAGUACCCAAAGCGAUGGUACUUUCUGUCGUCGCUGCUGGAAUUACAGGUGUCGUUUACCUUAUCCCAAUUCUUUUUGUUAUGCCCGAUGUCGAUAAACUACUUGCUGUACCAUCCAAUCAACCAAUUGGUUAUCUCUUCAUGGUAGCCACAGGUUCAGCUGGUGGUGGGUUUGGCCUUUUGUUGCUUAUUCUCGGUAUUCAAUUUUUUGCUGGAGUAGGCUCCUUGACAGUGACUUCUCGAUGUCUUUACGCUUUUAGUCGUGAUGGUGCUGUACCAGGUUCGAGAAUCUGGGCAAAAAUUAAUAAACGAUACGAUAUUCCACUUCAUGCUUUAUUGUUUUCGACUCUAAUCCAAGGUCUACUUGGUCUCAUUUAUCUCGGUUCAUCAGCUGCAUUCAAUGCGUUUACCGGUGUGGCCACAAUAUGUCUUUCGGCUUCUUACGCAUCACCAAUUGCCAUACUUCUCCUUCGUGGACGUCAUUUAGUCGCCAGCGCUCCUUUUCACCUUGGUAAAUUUGGCUACGUCAUCAACAUCAGCACGAUCGUCUGGAUUCCCUUGGCUGUCAUCUUAUUUACAAUGCCAACAACGAUACCCGUCACAUUUUCGAGUAUGAAUUAUGCCAGUGUAUUGUUUGUUUUCUUUGCUGGAGUUAGCGUCUUAUGGUAUGUUAUUAGUGGAAGGAAAUAUUUCACUGGCCCACACGUGCCUUCGCUCGAAGAAUUCCACAAAAAAGUCGUACCAGAUAACCUUACUGUUGUGAGUGAGAUGACGGAUUAUUGCUGA